CAUUAGUUAUUGUUUCUAUUGUUAGGUUACAUCAAAUACUUUUUAACAUUUGUUAGGUUAUAUCAAAUCAAUUUUAAGAUGUGAUGAUUCAUUUAAAAAACGGCAAAUAUAUAGUAUAGACUUAUAGCAGGAACUUGUAGCGUAAACAUGUUGCCGUCACAUGUUGCAAGAAGAUUUAGCUAGACUUUGCAUAAGAACAUCUAGAAUAUAUGAAAGAACUUGUAAUAAGAUAUUUAAAACAAUAUAGAUCUGUUACGUCAAGUACAUCUAGUAAGAAAAUAAUAUAAAACAAUUAUUCGACCAAAAAAAAACGUAUGUGUGUGGAAAUAAAUAAGUCUGUAAAAGUUGGAGGCUUCUAAAAGAUACAGGAGGGCCAUGGUGAAAAACGUUUUCAUCUUAUUUGUGUUUUCAAUACUAUCAGUACCAGUGGCCAGAGGCAGUAAAACGUGUAUGGAACCCGCGGAAAAAUUCCUCAAAGUUCAAGGCCAUCCGGGGGAGGUGGUCAUGGAACUUGCCCUCGGGUCUGAAGGCUUCUGGAGCUCGACUGUCCAGGAUGUGACGUCAGGAACGGACAUCAGCGAGUACUUUAAAACUGGCCCAGUCAACCAGAGUGACACAUUGCACUGGGCUGUCACAGUUGCCAGAUUUUUACCAGCAGAAAAUCGAUUGGUCCCACAUGAAAUUAAAUUUACCUUACACUGUUACAUCGAUGGGCAUACAAAGCCAUUUUUUCGACGGGGCGUCCUAUUGGCCAAUAAAGCAAGUACUGAUAACGUGACUUCUAUGAUAGAAUUUACAAUUUUUAAGGACACACCGGUAGGGUCAGUACUGUAUCUGAUGCACCUGCACUAUCCUACCGUGUCGAGUGCUAAUCUAGUCUUCACAGUCAUCCACGAGGACGGACUAAAUGAUGUAUCAGCACAAUACUUAAAUGUAACAAAGACUGGAGUGAUCACGUUGAAAAAAUCUCUGGAAUCGUUCAGCGACCAGCUGUUGUUGCUGUUGCUGCAUAAAAAGCUCCCCGCCCCCGGAGAGACGGUGCCCGUGGUUGUAUAUGUGGUGGAGGUCAUGACCCCGAUAGACCCUGAAGCCUCGUCUGAACAGACGCCUCGAUUUGUUCUGGAACAUUGCCAGUCACGUCAUUGUCAUGUGGGGGUGUACAGAGUAGAGGCCGAUAGUCAGGGGAAGGGGGAACUAACUUCAAUCACACCAAGUCAGUUACUGGCCAUGUGUUCAUGUACUGUCAACUAUUUUAUCAUAGG